AGUGUUUACAAAUAAUAUCCGCAAAAUAGUACAGGUAUUUACCUAAAAUCGAGGCACAGUGUUAUUAGCUACUCCAGACGUAUAACCUCAAAAACUUUCACAGUGCGAAUUGUGAAAAUUCACGGUGGUUAUGUGAAAUCAAACGAGUCCGCAUGGAAAACGGAGAGGAUACAGUUAGGAUGAAGCAAGAACCGAAUGAUGUUUGGCUAGAUGCGGGCCACGAUUAUAUUUUCGAUCCGCUGGACUCUAAUUGCGAGACAAAUCACACAAAUGAAACGGCUGCGUUACACAACAAGUUCGAUGCAAAAAUAAAAAUAGAUUUCGAGUGUACGAAGGUUAAACCAGAAGUGACAUUUCUCUCGAAGGUUAUCUGCAAAUCUGAGUAUGAAAAUAAUCAACCAAUUAUUAAAUCAGAAAAUGAAGAUCGGACACAUGAUGGGAAUAAAAGUAUAAUCAUUGAUUUUGAGAGUCAAGAUAUUAAACCCGAACUAAUGUCUUUAUUUGAUGAAAAAAGUCCAAUGAUUCUAACAAUAACAGAAAUGGAUUAUGAUAAUGACAGUGCAUUUCAAAAAAGAACCCAAUUGAAUCUCGUCGAAUCCGAGGAGGUAAAAGCAUUUGAAAUGAGUAAUUUGUGUCGAAAAACUUACAAAGAAGAAGCGAAUCUAGAUGCACGUGUAAAUAAGAAAUACAAGAGCAUUGAACCAAUCAAAUGUGAAAUUUGUCACAAAUCGUUUAAAUACCAAUGUUAUCUCAAAUAUCACGUCAACGCAGUACAUAAUCGGAGCCGACCCUUCGAAUGUGACAUUCGUAAAAAAUCAUUUUCUCAAAAGGGUAAUCUCGAUGUUCAUAAAAAUGUUGUGCAUGAUGAUAGUAAACAUUUCGAGUGUGAGAUUUGCCACAAAUCAUUUGGAUACAAAAGUAAUCUCAAUAAACACAUAAAUGCAAUACAUAGUGGUAUCAAACCCUUUGAAUGUGAGACUUGUCACAAAUCAUUUUCAUACAAAAGUAGCUUCGAUUAUCAUAUAAGAAUAGUACAUGAUCGUAGCAAGGCAUUUGAAUGUGACAUUUGCCACAAGUCAUUUGGAUUAAUAAGAGAUCUCAAAAUUCACAUAAAGACAGUACACAAUCGUAUUAAAUCAUUUUGUUGUGAAAUUUGCCAUAAAUUAUUUGGAUACAAACAAGGCCUCAAAUAUCACAUUAAUACAGCACAUAUCCGCGAGUUUCAAACGAGAGAUUUGUCACGGAUAAUUUUCUCUAAAAAAUAAUCUUAGUAAAUUUCAUAUAUUGUAAACCCUUCGAUUGUGAGAUUUAUCACCAGAUUCAACUAAAAAUCUACAAAAUGAAAGUACAAAAGUGUAAUAAAUCCUUAGGAGCGUAAAACUUGUCCCGAAAUUUUUGGACGCAAUGGUGACUUUUGCAGCUUUUUGUAAUUUUAGAAAAUAUUUCACAUAAAUAUCUUGUAAUUUUCCGAAGAAGAAUAAACAAUAU